UAGUGUCAAGUGUCUAUUAAGAAUCUACGAUAAUAUUUAAUAUACAAUUAUACAUCACAUUUCAAUGUAAUCGUAAAACUACAUAAUAAGACAUGUAGAAAACAUAUUGUUGCUAUAAAGUUAUGACGUAUUAUGAAUAUUUGUGGCACAGUUCGUAUACAUGAGCAACAAAGGAAUUAAACCGAAAGAAAUGGUCGCGAAAAGUAAAAAUAAAGUUUUAUCAUGUUCUACGCCGGAACACCGAUUAGAUUCGCCGUCAAGAGAUAGUGAUGCAAUAUAUGAUUCAGACGCGUCCAGCCCCGUGCCAUUUUUAUGUACACAGGAUGGAGCAGAGGGUGAAACAGAUGUUGUAUGGAAUUUUUACACACCAAAAUCUGGAGCGACUAAAUCAAAAUUUAAAAACACAACACCAGUAAGAAGAAGAAUUAAAAAAUCAGAAAGGCUUACACAUAUAGAGAAACCUGCACCAAAACGUAGAACUGUUAAACCUUCACAGAAAAAAACAGAAUUGUUUCAGGAACUUGUUGAAUUAAAUCAUAAUGUACUUAAACUUGUUGACAACUUAACAGCUAAGCCAAUUGAAAAGCCCCAGUCCGAAGAAGAUAUAUUCAGUGAUUGUAGUGAUAGUUCACCAAGAACUAGUGGCUUAAGAAGUAAAAACCGAUGUCUAAGAAAAAAUGUACUAAGCUCUAAAUUUAUUAAAACAGAAUCAGAAAGUGGAUUAGAAUCCGAUGAUUCUAUGAAUGAAUAUCUGUUAAAAGCGAGUCAAGCAGUAGAAGAAAAUAUUUUAAAUUGUGAACCCAUUCAAGCAAAAAGGCCUCGUCUUGACCCUGUUAAUAGAAAGAACUUAAAGCCAUGCUUACAACAAAAUAUGGACCAAGAUUCAAUGGAUGCCAUAUUAAUUAAUAUUAAAUUAGACUCUCCAAGUAUUAGUAAGGUUAAGAAAUGUGAAUCACCUUUAGUAAAUAAUGAUUCUUUUGACAAUUUAUUGGGUAAUUUGAAUGAUAGUACAUUGGAAAUGCUAUCUCAAAUUCCUAUUAGGAAUGAACCCACUUCAAAAACAACUUAUGCAAAAAUGGAAACAAAUUGGUCAUUUCAAGACACAAUAUGUAAUGCUAGCCCAUCUUCAAAAACAAUUUUUGGACGACAUAGUUCUAUGCCAGAGUCUCCAUCUGUUAAUGAAAGUAACCAACCUUCAACUAGUGGGAUGGUUUUUGGCAGAUAUAGUUCAAUGCCGUUCAAUAAAAGUGAUGAAAAAAUAGUUCCAGGAGAUUCACCAAUACGAUGUACACCUGAAGAAAUAAAAAAGAAACAUCAACAAGCCAGGGAAAGACUUCUUGCGAAAAGAGUCUUGCCAUUUACACCUUCCCAGCCAUUAAAUCCAAGCCCAACAUCACAUCAUAAAUUUGUCCCUAAAAAGCCAAUUUUUCAGAGAAAAGUACCUAUUAUUAAAACCUCUUUAGAUACUAAACAGAAUGAAGAGAUAAACAUUCAACAAAAACAACCAGGUACAGAUAAUAUAAAGCUACUUAUUGAAAAAAAAAGACAGGAAGCAUUAAUGAAGUUGAGAAGAAGACAAGCUCAGAAAAAUUUUGAAACUUAGUCUAAGCUGAAAUACUUAAAUUAUGUUUGCAUUAUGUCAUAUAUUCCAAUUAUUAUGAUGUACCUAUAGGAUUUCACG